AAUCAUGGUGCCGGAGGCUACGGUUUUGGCGUACCGCAAUAUGAGCAACAGCAACCGGGAAGUUCUGGCUAUGCGUUAGGUUCAUUCGGUGCUCCGAAUGGUGGCAGCUAUAGUGAUUCUUCAUCCUAUAGCCUUCCAGAAACAACACAAAAUGAACAUCGUUUUGGUGGACCAGUACUACCACGACCGCCGCCACCAGCAUCUGGUAUGGGACAGUAUGCAUCGGGACCGCCAGUAAAUGUAGCAGUGCAACCGGAUGCACCAAAUGCUACGGCUGGUGGUGCUAACGAGUAUCCCUCUUCGCCAACAUCCACAGAUUACUAUGCAAAGAAAAGCAAAGCUUUUCUGAAAGUGCAUAAGAGUUAG